GAACUGCCAGCAGCUGAGCUCCGGCGAUUGCUCGGAUUUGAAGUUCCACGGCCUCAGCAGCAACGAGGCCUGCUGCAAGUGCGGAGGAGGUGUGGUGAGCCCCACGCCGUUUCUGUAUGAGACAACGGAGUUCGUCGUGGGUGAGACGGUGUCCAUGUUGCCAAAACCCAGAACUGCCAGUCGCUACGGCGUGGACGAAGACUGCGCAUUGACGGAGUUCAACCUGACCAUGGACGGAGCGACCGGGGAGGUGGCCUAUGCGCCAGGCCUCGAGAUGCCUAAGGAGACCUUCUCCGUGACCUGCAAGGUGACGGCCUACCAGGCGGCUCACGUCGUGUUCACGACGAGCGUAACCGUCUCCGUCAAGGACCUGACAUACGGGGCUAUGCCCGUGGUGUUCACGACGGCCACGACCUUUCCGCUCAGGAAGACAGCCGGGCAUUGGUCGAACUUGGCGCUAAACUGCGCUCCAAAGAGCACUUGGCUACAGCUUGAUGCUGCCACGGGAAGCCUCACAGCAUCUGCUGAGGCUUUCGCCUCCGGCGCCGUGGACAAUGUCCAAGACGUUUACGAGGGGCAAAUGGGCGGCGUCUGUGAGCUUUCCGGAAAUUGGACUGCGGAUCCAACCGCUCCAUCACACAAGAAGAUCUCGAAGUUGUUGGUGGUGAAGCCAAAGCCCUUGGCGAGCUUGGAGUAUUCCGCGACUUCCAUUUCCACAGCGGUGGGCGAGAAGAUUCCAGCGGUGGAGUUGAAGCAAGGAGCGGAGGAAACGUUGAUGCCGAACCUCUACCAGAUGGCCUGCGACGAUCCCCGAUUUGUCUUUGACUCCCUGCUGGGGGUUGGUAUGUUUGAUGGGCAUCCCAUCCUCCAAGUUGCCAGCAACGGGCAAAUCGUCUUGGACGUGCCGAAGUCGUUCGAAAGCAUCUUCGACGCGAUGCUGGGGAAUUCCGUGACUGAAGCCUGGAAGCUCCACUUCUCCU